CCUGGCAUCCCCAAGUCCUACCCAGACCGCGCUGAGGCGGCAAAGAGCUUUCAUCCCCGGAGCCGACUGACCAAUCGCCGCCGGACGAUGAAGCCCCUGUGGACCGUGUUGGUGGCGGCCCUCCUGGCAGGAUGCCGGGCCGACCUGGAGCCCGAGAUGGAGGUCCCCCUUGGGGCUGAGCAGCCUGGGGUGCAGGGCAGCGCGGCUUGGGAGCAGGCGCUGGGCCGCUUCUGGGACUACCUGCGCUGGGUGCAGACGCUGUCGGACGAAGUCCAGCAGGAGCUUCGCAAUCCCCAGGUCACCCAGGAGCUGACGGUCCUGAUAGAGCAGACCAUGAAGGAGGUGUCGGCCUACAAGUCAGAGCUGGAGGCCCAGCUGGGCCCGGUGGCCCAGCAGACGCAGGCACGCGUGGCCAAGGAGCUGCAGGCGGCGCAGGCGCGCCUGGGGGCCGACAUGGAGGAUGUGCGCAACCGCCUGGCACAGUACCGCAGCGAGACCCAGGCCAUGCUGGGCCAGAACGUGGAGGAGCUGCGCAACCGCCUGGCCUCGCACCUGCGCAAGCUGCGCAAGCGGCUGCUGCGCGACGCCGACGACCUGCAGAAGCGCCUGGCCGUGUACCGCGCGGGGGCCCGCGAGGGCGCCGAGCGCAGCGUGAGCGCCUUCCGGGAGCACCUGGAGCCCUUGCUGGAGCAGGGCCGCACGCGGGCCGCCAACGUGGGCACCCUGGCCGGCCAGCCCCUGCGGGAGCGCGCCGAGGCCUGGGGCAAGCAGAUGCGCGGGCGGCUGGAGGAGGUGGGCAGCCGGGCCCUGGACCGGCUGGACGAAAUGCGCGAGCAGGUGGAGGAGGUGCGCGUCAAGGUGGAGGAGCAGGCGGCCCAGAUGCGCCAGCAGGCGGAGGCCUUCCAGACCCGCCUCAAGGGCUGGUUCGAGCCCUUGGUGGAGGAUAUGCAGCGCCAGUGGGCUGCCCUGGUGGAGAAGGUGCAGACGGCCGUCAACGCCGCCAAGCCCGCCCCUGAGGCCAUCGAUAAUUACUGACCCCACUCCUGCCCCGUGCCCUCUGCUAUCCCACUGCCCUGCACAGGAGGCUCUGCCCCUGCUUAAUAAAGAAUCAUCCGUUUCACAGCA